UCAAAUGCACACUUCAGUCAUGGCCCGUGGCUACCCGGCCAUGGUCUCGCAUCCACGCCGACUACGCAGUCUCCGUAGAAGGGUUCAACUUCCUGGUCAUCGUUGACGCCUACAGCAAGUGGCCUGAAAUUUUCAAAACCACUGCCACCACAUCAUCAAGGACCAUCGAGCUUUUCUCUGAGGCGUUCGCUCGUAACGGCCUACCGGACACGCUGAUCACCGAUAACGGAGUGCAGUUCACGUCGGACGAGUUUAAGAACUUCUGCGCUCACAGCGGCAUCGAACACAUUCGCUCGGCCCCGUACCACCCUCAGUCUAACGGCCAGGCCGAAAAAUUCGUCCACCUUCUCAAGACGGGGCUGGAGAGAGCCCAAGGAAACGUCGAUCAGAAACUGCGCGAGUUUCUUACUUGCUACCGCCGCACUCCAUCGUACUCACUUGGCGGAAAGUCCCCAUCGGAACUUAUGAACGGAAGACCGAUGAAAACAAGACUCGAUUUGUGCAAGUCAAAGCCAUCACCAUCUCAGCAACGGGACGAGCAGAUGGAGGCCCGUUUCAACAUUUCUCACGGCGCCAAGUGGAAGGAGUUUACCGUUGGCUCCCCCGUUUAUUACAAACGCAACCGAUCAAACAUCGACUGGGAGUGGAUUCCGGCCACCAUCCUGAGCCGUUCCGGAGCCGUGAACUAUGCAAUUGAGUCCGAGGCAGGGAAAGUAUUCCCAAAUGUACACGCAAAUCAACUGAAAUCACGCAAAACAAAGAACGAGUUCCUGGAGGCUUUUGACCUGACCGACGUCACUGACACUGAAGUCGAGCCGUUCAUCACGCUGCAAGCAGAGGCUCACGAACAAAAUCAAGAAGACGAGAACCAAGACCUAGAGACAACAGAAGAAAUCUUCGAGGACGCUGAAGAUUUUCAAGAAGUCGAGCAACCCGCACCCCUGCGUCGCACGACAAGGGUCAAUGCAGGAAUUCCGCCUGCUCGCUUCGGAGGGAAGGAUUAA